UUGAAGAUGAAUUGAUGGCAGGCAUUAAGGUGAUUUCACGAGACGAUAAGCUAGUACAGAAAGCAAGUGCCGUGGGCGGAGCGUGCUAGCAACUAGAAGUUCACGUGAUGCACAGCAAAGGACCAUUGAUGGUCAGUGCGUUGUUUGGGCCCAAGAGCAACACUGGCAGCGUUUCUGUUCAACUUGCAGAAUAGAACAGAACGCUGGAGAGCAAUGAUUGUGUCAAAUGUUCCAAAGAAGACCCGGCUGUGCACUUUCCACGAGCGCGGGAAGUGUAGCAAGGGACGACUUUGCACCUUUGCGCACAGCGUUGAGGAGUUGCAAGGCACGCCGGCCGCUCAGCCUCUUGGAAGUCAUGGACGCUCAGUACAGGUUUGCCAUCACUUCCAGACGCAGCGACGCUGCAAAUAUGGUUCCGAAUGCAAAUUCAGUCAUGUGAGCUCGAACGACAGCGAUUCUGCAACCAGAGGACCUGAGAUUCAAAGGCGGCCGCUGAAAACCCAGCUGUGCCGCCAUUAUCAGCAGGGCAGCUGCCGUCAUGGCUCGGAUUGCACCUAUGCCCACGAUGAGCAUGAGCUGCAAGCGCCGAAGCCAGGAUCGGCUUUGUUGCGCGCUUCGGGGAAUGUGCAGAGGGAAUCCCUGGAAAGCUGGUUGAGGCUUGUGGUUGCGGAGCCAAACCCCGACCUACAAGAAGCAGCCCUCUCCAAGGGAGCUGGGCAGCUUGCAGGUGGACUUCAUGCGCUCAGCUUGUUGAGCUUAGAGAAUGUGGUGUCAAUUCUGAGGAGCGCGCAAGGGUCGCUGAGAAGGGACCGCUUGGAGUCGACGCUGCGUUCUCUGGGCGGAGCAUUGAUGCCAGAGCUGCUCCAGAAGUAUGCCUUGGAGGUUCCGACAGGAAAGAAGCUUGACGAGUUGCUGGAAGCCUUGUCCAUCAUGGUUGAAGUUGAGCGGAGGUUUGGGGCUUUGCUGGAUCUUCCCUCUGUCCGUGACGGUAUUGAGCAGAUUGUGGCGACUCGUGGAACGGAGGAUUCGCCAGGGCUGUGGGCCCAGCUGAAGGCUGUGCAGAGUGGCGCGAGUCCAUUGAGAAAGGUGGUGCGCCGGCAGGUCGCAGAGGUGGAGCUUCAGGACGUGGAUGUCCAAGAGCUGCCCUGCAUUGAUGAGCUCUUGCAGCUUCCCAGCAACCUUCCGGUGAACCGCGGCACGUGGGCUGAAGGCGACGAAGAAAGGCACAGGAUUACCCACUACCGCCUUUGCCGCGAGGAGCUCUUGGCUCCUCUUCGAGAGGCUGUGGCUUCGUAUUUGGCCUCUAAUGGGGUGAAGCAUCAAGGCAUGCAGAGGGUUUUGGACCAGACUGGCGGUGAAAGCACAUUCUUCGCAUAUCCGAGCUGCCAUGCCGUGGGCUUUGCCUUGUCCAAGACUGGGAAACUAACUGUCCAAAUGAAGUUCGGUCUUGGCAAUCGUUGCGUAGACUUCAGCACCGGGAACCACUUGAUUUUUGGAAGCUUGGUCUUGCUCUUCGAGACCAACAGCGAUGGCCAUCCGAUCGCCAGCAGCUCCAUCUAUGCAACGAUUGAAGAGUUUGAUUUAGACAACGUGCUGCGACAUCGAACAGUGGGACUCGGAAUGCUGGAUGAGGAGAAUUGGCGAAAGUUCAACGUUACUCAAAAGUAUGCGAUGGUGGAAAGCCCUGGCUACUACCAUGCUGUGCGGCCAGUGCUGCGCAAGUUUCGCAGCCCCAUUGAUGCCACACCCUUGUGGCAGGACAUUUUGACGGGCAAGGCCAAGGCUGUGGACUAUUUCCAGGGUGCUCGGGUGGACCUCUCUUGCCUCUACAAGAGAGAGCUCCCAAAGCAAAGCCAUUGGGCUUGCUGUGAUCCGCAGCACGAAUGGCCUGACCCUCACGACAUUGAGCUGGACGCAUCUCAGCAGAAGGCCAUUCGACACAUCCUCGCUUCUUCCGUUUCUUUGGUGCAGGGACCGCCGGGCACUGGGAAGUCCUACAUUGGCGUGAAGGCCGUCCAACUGGCGCGGCAGGCUCUGGAACAGCAUGAGUACCGCGAACCCAUUGCCUUGAUAUGCCUUACCAACCAUGCUUUGGACCAGUUUUUGGAGGAUCUUCUGGACAUUUUCCCUCGGAAUGGUGACUUGAUACGCCUCGGCGGGCGCAGCAAGUCAGAGGAUCCUCGCCUGGCGGGCUGCCAAGUCAAUAAAUUCCUGCGAUCUUCCCGGGAAGACUUCGAAGAAAGGACAGCGCUGGAGAGCCAGCUGGAAAACGUGGCCGGCAACCUCAACAAGGAAGUACGCUUGCUCGCCGACCAACGAUGCCAGCUCGGUCUCCUCCUGGCGGGCAUGCCGACAGAAAAGCUUCACACACUUUUGGGAGAGGUCGGUGCAGAUUUGAUGGAGGCAGGGCUGUAUAUGGCUCCGCACAGUCGUCGCCGAGUCCAACAGGCAAACCCGAAGGGCUUUGUGUUGGAGAUACUUUCUGCUUGGCUGGAAGGCCGCCCCCUUGAGCAGGUGAGGCAGGAUGCGUCCUGGCGUUUGCCAAGCGUCAGCAAACCCAAGACCACGGAGACCUUCAAUCGCUUCUCGACCCUUGCUGCUGAUGAGGGGGAACUUCCGAGCCAAGUCCAAGUACUGACAAUGAUCGAUCGUGAAGUGGGAGCUUUGCCAAUGAUUGCCUGUGAGACCAGUCAUCAAGUCAUGCUGGACUUUGAGGACUCUGACUCAAACUCCGACGCCGACCUCGAAGGUUUCGAAGGUUUGGACAUGGAUGAGAUCAACACGAUUCUCGACGAUCGCAUGGACUCGCAGGUCUCGCGCCCUCGGGCCCAGCAACGAGCUCGUUCGCAGCUCACGGGCCCACAGCUCGACGCCAAGAUUCAAGACAGGAGGACCGCGUUUCAGCGGGCGGAAGGUUGGGAGAGAGAGGUGCAGCAGGUUGAGCUGCGAAAGCAGGAAGCAGUGAGUGCUGCGCUGGAGAAGGCCACUAGCCGCAGAACGCAAGCUUCCAUGAAGCAGUUGGAAGAGGACGCGGCCAGGCCUUUUGAGCUGCGCUUGCAGCGCCUGCUGCAGCAGAGGGAGGACUUGCAGAACUCCUGGCAGAAGGCUCGGCAGCAACUGAAUGUCGAGAUGCUACGCGCCCUGCAAAGGGACCAGAAGAAGCAAUUUCCAAAUGUGGACUGGAGCUUCAUCGAGAAAGAGAUCCGAGGUGCCCAGGUAGGCUGGCGCACAGCGACGCACGAGCGGCCUGCUUUGCUGGCAUCUUUGGUCCGAGCAGUGGCUGAGGCCGCCUCGGAGGUCUUCAUGGAAGGCCUGAGCAAGGCUGAGCAGAUUGAAGGCGUGCUCGGCCAGAUGCGGAAACAGGCUCAGCUGAUUGCGUGCAAUAAAGCCAAAGUCAUCGGCAUGACCUCCACCUUUGCGGCGGUAAACUCGGACCUCCUCCAGCGGUUGGGUCCUCGCGUAGUGGUCGUGGAGGAGGCUGGAGAGUUGCUGGAGUGCCAGUUGAUGGCCUGCUUGUCAUCAAGAAAUCUGCAGCAGGUGAUUUUGAUCGGGGAUCACAAGCAGCUUCGCCCCAAAGUGAACACGUACUCACUCUGCAAGGUUAAUGGCUAUGACGUGUCUUUGUUCGAGCGCUUGGUCACCCAUGGCAGUGAGAAUGUGCAGCUAACCACCCAGCUUCGCAUGCGCCCUGAAGUUUCUCACCUUGUCCGGUCCUUCUACAACCAGAUCGACGACCAUCCCCGGGUGAAGGAUUAUCCCGCAAGACUUGCUGGAGUCGCAGACUGCUUGCAAUGGGUCACGCAUUCAAUUGAAGAGGAUGACCGCGGCCACAUCGCUGGCCGGUCAAAGGUCAACUCUCACGAAGCCGAGUUUGCAUGCAGACUUGCGCAGCACUUGGUGUACAAUGGCAUCAACAAAGGGAAGAUCACCUUGCUGACGCCGUACACUGGGCAAAAGCGGGAAAUGAGGAAGCGCUUGGCAGCCGAGCUUCAGACCUCCUGGGUGCCACGUGGGGCAGUCUUGGAGUCGGACUCCGAAGCAGAGAAGGGCAAAGGGAAGGGAAAGGGUAAAGAUCCACAACUCUGGCGAAUGAUUCCAGGCGUACGCGUGGUGACCAUCGAUGACUACCAGGGCGAGGAGAACGAUGUGAUCAUCGUGUCGCUUGUGAGGAGCAAUGAGAAAAGAAGGCUCGGGUUUUGCAGUAUUCAGAACCGCAUCAUCGUUGCGCUCUCUCGAGCUCGACACGGCAUGUAUGUGCUUGGCAAUGCGGACAUGUUUCGGCAGAAUGAUGAUUGGUACAAAGUGCUCAGUAAGCUUGAGGAGAAGGGCCGCAUCUCAGAGGGUCUGAACCUUCGCUGCGCCAAGCACCCGACUGAUGAGGGCAUAGUUUCAGUUGCUUCGGACUUUGACCUCCGCGCGAAACACGGAGGGUGCCAUCGCCCCUGCAAUGUCCUGCUGCCGCUGUGCGGCCACAAAUGCCCCUGGCGCUGUCAUCCCUUCGAUGAGGAGCACAAGGACGUGAGGUGCGUUUCCCGGUGCACGAGGCCUCGGCCAGAGGGCUGUGCGCACAAGUGCGCCCAGCUCUGCUGGCAGUGCCCGGCGCAGGACGUGUGCGGAAGUCCUUGUGAGGUUGAGGUGAAGACCACGCUACCUUGUGGCCAUGAGCAGCACGAGCCGUGCCACAAGAUUCAAACCCCGGCCUUGCGGUCGCAGGUCGCUUGCCGCACGAAAGUGCCGGUAUCUCUUGCCUGCGGCCACACAUGUCAAGUUCCUUGCGCCAUGAAGGACGAGAAGGAGAUCAAGUGCAGCCACACGGAGCAAGUCAACGCUCCUUGUGGGCACCAGGUUCGCAAGGUGUGUCACACACUUAAGCCUUGUUUGCAGAUGUGCGCGAAGACCGCAGCUUGCCGGCACCCUUGCAGCAAGAAGUGCAGCGAGGAGCACAAUCAUGACAAGUGCCAGCUGUCCUGCUCUGAGUUCUUGCUGUGUGGCCACAAAUGCCAGAACCUUUGCGGAGAAGCCCACACGGUGCUUUGUGGCAGCUCCUGCACCAGGAUUUGCGCACACGGACAUCACUGCCCCAAGAAGUGCUACGAGGUUUGCGUUCCGUGCCAGGAGCCUUGCAGCUGGCGGUGUCUCCACAAGCGAUGCACGCGGCGAUGUCACGAGCCUUGCAACCGUGAGCCUUGCAACGAGCCCUGCGGGAAGAUGCUGAGAUGUGGCCACAUCUGUCGGGGCUUAUGUGGAGAACCCUGCCCUCGGUGCGUAGUGUGUGAGGACCAACAGUGCCCCUUGAGCCUGGAGAAGCUCAAGGACCUGACGAAAAUCUACCAGCUCGACUGUGGUCACACCUUCAGCCUCGACAUGCUCGACCAGUGGAUGGCAGGAGAGCAGCAGAGCGGCGGUCACGUUGCCAUCCAAGCGAAAAGCUGCCCAACUUGUCGACAGCAGAUCUACACGUCGCCUCGCUACGGAGUUCACAUCAAGCGCCAGCUCGCCCUCAUUGACAAGGUGAAGUCGGAAGUUCUUCGCAAGCACGGUUCACGGCAGCUCUCAGAAGAAGAGCGCCGCGAAAUCGAUCAGGCGAUGGGAGAGGGCCACUCGGCCGGAGGACGGUGGUUUGCAUGCCCAAAUGGCCACCCAUACUUCAUCGGUGAAUGUGGUGGGGCCAUGCAAGAAGCCACCUGCAACGAGUGUGGAGCCCGCAUCGGCGGAGGCUCGCACAGACUUCGGUCUGACAAUCAAUACUUAGCCAACUUUACUGGGACGAAUGUCAGGCCAGCCUGGCCAGGUAUGGAGCCCAACUUGCCCUAGUCAGAAUGGCGUGUACAGCAAAAUCUAGCUUUAGGCCAUAUAUGGCUGCAUGCUCGGAG